CAGCAGGAACCGGUCCACAUCUGAGGAGGUGUAAAUAAUCAACAGUCAACAUGUCCAAGCUGCAGAAUCUGAAAAUGUCAGAGCUGCAGAAUGCCAUGGAGUCCCUGGUCGCUGUGUUCCACAACUAUUCUUCAAAGGAAGGGGACAAGUACAAGCUGAAUAAAUCUGAACUGAAGACCCUGUUACAGGAAGAACUGGGGGAUUUCAUGGCAGUCAGUAACGACCCCAGAAGGGUGGAGUGUAUCCUGGAGGACCUGGAUGAAAACGGUGAUGGGGAGGUGGACUUCCAGGAGUUCGUCGUGCUCGUCGCCGCAUUAACGGUCGCAUGCAACGACUUCUUUGAAGAUUUUCUCAAAACUAAAACAGAUGGAAAAAUCUGUUCUGAACAGAACUAGUGACCGUUUGACAGUUCAUGGAAUGUUCCUGAACAUCAUUUAUGACAGAAUGUUUGACACAAAGGUUUGAA